UUGGAAAUUCGUAGGAACCGAAAAUCCCUAGUCAGAGACUGAGUCGUCCAUUUCUUGUCCUAGAAAGCGGCAAUCUGAAGGGAGAGAGAGAGAGAGUAUACAUCAGACUGUACUCGACUACAGCUGCUCACUCCAGAUCAUGGCGAGCCAGGAAGGCGAUGAAGACGACGUAGAUCCUCUCAAAAUUCUGCUACCAGAAGAUCAAAAUGGCGGUAAUAGUUUGUCUACAGUACACAGCGGUGAAGGAAACCUGCAACUACAGCGCCACUACCUCCGUUCGAUCCAGUCAACGGUGGUGAUAAGGCAGCUCCCAUCACGAGGCCUCUCCUUCCAGCUCUGGCCAGCAGCUACAACUCUCUUUACUCUUCUGGACAACGACCACUGUGACCCUAGCAACAGCCCGCUCGCCUCCACCCUCACCGCUAUAUCCACUGGCUCAAGUACUCGGCCUCUCAAAAUUUUGGAGCUCGGUUCUGGCACCGGCCUCGUCGGGAUCGCCGCAGCGGCCACGCUGGGGGCUGACGUCAUGGUGACAGACCUCGCCCACGUCAUCCCCAACCUCCAAUUCAACGCCGAGGCGAACGCCGACGUAUUGGCCAGUCGCGGCGGGAGGGUCAAAACGGCGCCGCUCAAGUGGGGAGAUCCCGGUGACGUGGAAAGGAUGGAAAAGGAGUUUGACUUCGACCUUGUGCUAGCAUCUGACGUCGUGUAUCACGAUCAUCUGUAUGAUCCUCUAAUCGAGACACUGCGCUUGCUGCUUUUGAAUGGCGGCGGUGAUGAGAAUAAGAAGAAGGAAAGGGUGUUCGUUAUGGCUCAUUUGAGAAGAUGGAAGAAGGAUUCUUCGUUCUUCAAGAAGGCAAAGAAGCUGUUUGUUGUUGAUGUUAUACACGCGGAUCGGCCAAGUGAGGGAUCCAGGAUUGGUGUUGUUGUGUACCGAUUUUCUGGGAAGAAAAAGAAUCUGAAUUCUGAGUUACCAAACAAUCCUUGAUCAUUGCAACAAAAUGGGAUUUUCUUUUUUUCUUUGUUUUAACGAAAUCCUGUGGUUUCUUAAUGGAUUCACAAUUCCUGUUUAAA